AUGGCUAUUUAUCUUCUUCACUUAGCUUCGACACAUGCCGAUUUUCAUAUACCUGAAUUGGAGACGUUAGCAAAGAUUGAAUCCGUUCAAUAUCGAUGGAUCAAGCCUUCCUGUAUAAGGAAAACUUCAGAACUACAAGGAAAUAGCGUUGGAAAUUAUCGAAGUGAAAAGCCUGUAUACCCCAUUAAUCAAACAAAUGCCACUACAUUGAAUCCAUUUCUGUUGGUAGAACUUGAAGAUGACGCGUCUGCUGCUAAAUGGGUUCGAAGAUCGAUUUUCUGCAAAGGUGUCUACGAGUUGUAUGGCUCUUCAGAAACAUUUGAUAGUUUGCAUGAUUAUCUUUCAAAGCUUCCGUCUCCUCCUUGGUUAGACUAUCAAAAGAAUACUUCGUAUAAAUUCACAUUUGAAACUUUCGGCACUCGACGAACAAUGGAAGAACAAAUAUCCAUCAUAAAUGAUUUUGGAUACAUGAAGUUGGAGGGGUUGGUCUCAAUGAAACAUCCCGAGUGCAUUUUCACCCUCUUGGAAAAUCGCAGUAAAGAUGUUGAAGGAUCAAAAAUGUAUUUUGGUCGUUGGUGCGGUGGUAGUUCACGAGAUGCCAUUGAGAAAUUUGAUUUGAAAAGAAGAAAUUAUAUAGGGAUCACUAGCUUUGACGCUGAGCUUUCACUAAUUACAGCUCAGAUGGCUAUGGCGAUGCCGGGGAAAUUGGUAUAUGAUCCAUUUGUUGGCACAGGAAGCUUCCUAUACACAUGUAGCUAUUUUGGUGCAUUUACUAUGGGUUCUGACAUUGAUGGAAGGCAAAUGAGAGGGAAGGGAGGGAAAUCGAUACGAUCUAACUUUACCCAAUAUCGAUUGGCAAAUUCCUUUUUAGAUGUUUUUACUGGAGACGUAACCAAUUGUCCCCUCAGGCAAGACUUUCUUCUGGAUGCAAUUGUUUGUGAUCCUCCAUAUGGUGUACGUGCAGGCGCAAAGAAAAUUGCAAAAUCUUCGUCAGGUCCUUCCACGCCAAGUCAAUCAACUUCUGCUUCAGCAUCAACACCUCAUUACCCUAAACUUGAGCAGUAUCAGAUUAGCGACAUGGUUUUUGAUCUGAUCUGUUUUGCAGUCAAGCAUCUAGUAGACGAUGGCCGAUUAGUUCUUUGGCUUCCUACUAUCACGGAAGAAUAUAGCAUUGAAGACAUCCCUCGUCAUCCUUGUCUCUCUUUAAUAUGCAAUAGUGUCCAACCAUUUACGCAUUGGUCUCGUCGCUUGCUAACUUUUGAACGUUUACCUCGAUCUGAAACAAAACAGGUAUCAUUAGAAGAUAUGCAAAUGACUUCAAAGACUCCCUCUCAUCAUGAUUUCCGUAGAAAGUACUUUAUGGGUGCGAAUCGUACUGCCUAA